GUACUGAAAGUUACCCUUCUCGCGAAUGAGUGGGGCUCGUCCAAGGGUGGCUUGUCAACAAUAAACAGGACUCUUGCCAUACAUUUGGCAAAAGACCCACACGUAGAAGUGACCAUUCUUGUACCUGAAUUUGAGUGUGGAGAGAAAGACAAGAGAGUGGCCGAAAGUCACAACAUCUCCAUUAGGGAAGCAAAGCAUCUUCCUGGCUUUAGUGACCCUCUUGACUGGUUGAGCUAUCCACCAGAAGACCUUGACAUUCAGGUUGUGAUCGGCCAUGGAGCAAAACUUGGUAGACAAGCGCAAAUUAUAAGGAGGUAUCAUUGCUGCAAGUGGUUUCAGGUUGUGCAUACUGAGCCUGAAGAACUGGCAAUGCAUAAGAACUAUCUAAGCGCCAUUGCCAAGGGAGAGAAGAAAAACAGAGCUGAAGUGGACCUUUGCCAAAUUGCAGAUCUCGUUGUAGCCGUUGGACCCAAGUUGAAAGACGCGAUCUCGUCCCAGUUGCGCUCAUCUCGUCGAGAAAUCUUUCAAUUAAUACCAGGUUCCUUUACAGAGUUUUCAGAUGUUGAGCAUGCUGAACAAGAGAAUGUGAGUUUUAAAGUGUUAACCUUCGGUCGUGGUGAUUUUGAAGACUUUAGUCUUAAAGGAUACGACAUUGCUGCUCAAUCCAUAGUGGAAUUGCAGGAAAGUUCUUAUAGUCUUGUUUUCGUUGGCGCACCCGAUGGAAGGCAGGAUGAAGUCGCAGAAAUCUUACUCCAGAGUGGCAUUUCAAAGAACCAGCUGAUUGUGAGAUCAUUUGUGAAAGACAAACAAAGAUUGAGAGAAUUGUUUUGUGAAGCCGAUCUGGCCAUCAUGCCAUCAAGAACUGAGGGGUUUGGUUUGACAGCAUUGGAGGCCAUGUCAGCUAGUCUUCCCAUUCUAGUUAGUGGAAACUCCGGAUUUGGAAAAGCACUGCGUGGUGUUCCAAAGGGUGAGUCAUUCGUGAUCGAGUCUGAUGACCCCAAGGAAUGGGCAAAGGCAAUUGCAGCCAUCCGUCAAAAAUCGAGGACACAGCGGCUUGAGGAAAUCCAAAGACUGCGAAGAAGUUAUGAUGAAAGAUUCUCUUGGGAGAGUCAGUGCCAGGCCCUUGUCGCCAGAAUGUGGAAGAUGGUCUAUGGUAAGAAGUUAACUUAGCCUAAAGGAGAGUAAUGAUGAUAGUAACUAUUAUUCAUUCAAAAUAUUUUCCGUUUUUGAUUGGCUAAAAGCGCGUGCAUAAUUCAUCAUAAACAGCUACUGUUAACCAAAUUUUUCAUUUUGAACAAAUGACGUCAAAAGUGCAGCCAAAGUUGCAGAUUACUGAACCGUUAACCGUGAAAACCUGGGGACGAGGUUGAGUUGUUUUGGUGGUGAGAAAAUGGCUGACACAGUCGGCGAAACAUUGUCAAAAUCAUAGCAAGAAGAAAAAGAAGACAACUCGACUGACAACAUCCGCUAUUUGGAGUAUAUUUACAGAGCAGAACAGACUUUUAUCUCCUCAAUUUCUCGAUAAAGAUGCACUAUCGAUAAAAACUUUACAUCGACCGAGGGAAGGAAGUUUCAGCUUGUUUUUAGACUUGGAAUUAUUUUCGGAGGGUGUUAUCCACCUCGGCCUUCGUCCUCGGUGGAUAACACUCCCCUCGAUCUACAGAAUUCUUCAUAUCCUACGAAAGUCGAAUUCAAUAAUUGCUAAUUAUUACUUCAAACACGGUGAAAUUGUCAAGAACGUAUCUCAUAUCAAGAUUAGCUUUUGUUUUGCCUUUAUGAUUCAUCCCCGUAUUUUAUUUGCUUCAGCAAGAGCAAGUGCGUAAGCAAAUUUAACAGUAUUAUGUUUGGCGGUGCACGUGAAUAACUGCAGAAAGAUUGCCAACGUUAACCUUUUAAACCUCAAUAACAGCAUUCAUAUUCUUCACACUGUUAUCCAUACAUAUCUUGUGUUACUGAUAAGGAGAAUUUGUUUAACAAUCAAGAUAUUUUCACGUGCUGCUGGUUCUCCCUUUUAAAGAAAAAGAAUGACAGAGAUUCGUCCAACUAAAACUUUGGCUUAUGAUAUAUCACACAAAAUAAAUGGAGGGCUUCUCAGAUUGGAAUCGUUUAUUCUUUUCUGUAAUUGAAUGUUUUUUUUUUCCUAAAUUUUACAGGUGUUGAAAAGACCCAAGAAGAUACCGUUCCACAGAAUGACUUUGAAAACGAUGCGGCAAAAAGAUCGAUAACUGGUGAUGUGGUUCUUUGAUUUCUCAAAUAAACCAGAGCCAAAAUACAUUUUUGUACUAGAGUGGGGUUAUUUUGCUCUCUUGAAACCAGGACAAAUUUAGAUUUUCGGCUGUUUUUACCUAAAGACCAGUUCAUCAUGUCCUAUUAAACUGACGUGAAAUAACCUCAUUCUUAUUUUAAUAAUUUCCCUCUGCCGUUUACAGGCGAAGCAAUUUUCCUUGCACUUCAACAAAUCCUGCUGGAAGCACGCACAGAGUCCAGCAAAACGGAGCUGUCGCAGGCUUUACAAAGGACUGCGUUGGAGAAAGGUUUUGCGAUAUCUGACAAUCAAGGAGAGGGAAACUGCAUGUUUUUUGCACUUUCAGAGCAGCUUGACCUCAUCAAAGGAAUUCAAAUGUCCCAUGAUGGGUUACGCCGAACUAUUGUUCAACACCUUCGGGAAAACCCCAGUCUGGUAAGUACCGUUAGUUAUUGUUUUUUCUACGGUGGAUUUAUUUGCAAUAUAUGCGAAAGCCGUCGCAUUUUCCCGCUGAAAUUUUUUUAUUGUUUUUAAGGUUAAAAGCAAUAAGGUCUUGUUCUGACGUAUCCGAAAUACGUGUCCACACGUAUAGCGUAUUUGAAUUUUUUGCGCCCGUCCACAUAAAAACGCUGACGUUAUUGAAAUACAAUAACAUCCCUUACAGGGCAAACGCAGUGCUACUAGCAUAUAAUGCAUGACAUCAUUGGAUUAGAAAACCUCUGUUUUCUUCCGUCCUCACGUAAACGAGAAGUCGGCGUUUUCAAAAGUCUCCUCUGGGGACCGCUUUAUGGGGACCUGUGUUUUUAGUGCCCGAAAAGGCCGUUUUCGUGUGGACGGAAGGCUAAAAAUACCCUGAUACGGGUGGACGGGGCCUUGAAUUCUUGCAGCCAAAUGCUACGGCUUUACGGGUAUGCUGCUGAUGAAUCGACCCUUUAGGAGCAAAACAUCAGCUUUGCACGAGCAUCACGCCUAUUUGUAUUUUGCUUCGUCUUCCGCUGCACGACGUGAAACUUCCUAAUGCGACGUUUUGUGGAGGACCUCGAAAGCAUGGCGACGAAAUAUUGUUAUUGGAUCCGGAUGCUGUCCUUAGAAUUCAAAUCCAGGAAAUUUCUUCUACUUUUUUUAAUUUGAAAAACGUUACAUAAGCGCUUUAAAGGUUUGAAAUAAAGCAAAUUCAUUUCCUUUAAUCACGUUUUCGACUCGGAGGCGUAAAUGAAAACAGAUUUUAGGAAAUCUGUUUCUGUCUCCUCGAUCGUCUGACUCAUGUCCUAAUUUUUUAUAAGCACGUUAUUUUGCUAAGUGUGAAAUGUUCACCAAAAGCCGCUUUGUUCGAACAGCAUAUGUCUACUUAGUGAAGUGAAGCGAAGUGAAUACUUUAUUUAAAGAAGGUAAGACUUGACAAGUAUAGAAUGAACGGAUAAACUUGAGAUCCUCAAUACUUGUUAUAUUUGUAAGGUCAUUUCUGACCCAGCGUACUGGUUUACAAGUCGAAAUUUCCAAACUUCUAUUUUUUCAUAGUAAACACCUCUUCCCCCUCUCUCUUACACGUGUAACGGACACCUCCCUAAAACGUCCCAAAGUACUUUCCUAAAAGUGUUGGUCCCUGCCGUUCUUAAUCGUUUUUCUUGGAGAGAAAGAGAGUAAGGAGAGUAGUAUGGGAUGCAAACGUUAGGCCUCGUUUUUGAAGUGAAAUCUCUUUAGUAUGAAGUGUAACAAAUAAAUGUCAAUGGCAUCUUUAUCUCUUGAAUAAAAUGCGGUAGAAUCUCAUCAACCAUAGCGUCACGAGCUCUACGAGAGAUGUAGUGUGCAGGUAUCAUGUUCUUAUUUGGUUACUAUGCUAUCAUAGUCUAUUUUAUUGUCCAUUGCAGACAACCUUUUGGCCUGGUUCCGGUUCACUGCUAAAGUGGACAUAUCUGCUCUAGUGCCGAUACCAGCGGGGUCCGCCUUAGAGAGAGCUGACAGCGCGGCUGCCUGAAUAUAUACCUUCUACAAAAGCACUUUACCUCUUUCUCCAUUAACUACAGUAUUUUCUUUUUUUCUUACAGCCGGAUGGGACAGAACUGUUUCAUUUUGUUCAUGGAUAUCCAUCUUGGGAUGCCUACCUCACAAGCAUGUUGGCAGAUGGUACAUGGGGUGAUCACGUGAUUCUACACGGCGCGGCAAACUGUUUUCAAACGUGCAUCCACGUGAUCAGCAGUCUUCCGCAUCGCCAUGACGUAAUGAUCUGCCCAGAGUUUGAUGUUACUGGUAGCAACCGGCUUGUGCUGGGUCACCUGCACGAGCUUCACUAUGUUAGCCUUAUUCCACAGAAAGGGGGUAAAGAUGUCUGA